AUGAGCGACAUGAAAAAAUCCUACUGUGAUGAAGCUAAUCGAAAGUCUUCCGCCGUUAUUAUACCAGAAGAGCCUGUACCUGCUUCUAUUCCCAUAGAUGAAUUGAAGCGACAUUUUGUUGGUGCCGUCAAGAAACAACCAUCCGGAUGUGAAAACGGAAUGACAAACGGUUGUUCGAAAUCAAGUUUUGGGAAAUUUGAUCAACUGGAAAAAAAAAUUAUCCUUCAACAAAGAUCACCUACAGAAUCUGAAAAAAUCGAUACUAAACAAAAUGGUGUUAUACGUCCAGAAGUUAAUUCUGUAUGUAAAUUGUAA